UCAGCCACAUACUGACGUGCACGGGCCCGACCAUCCGUUGUUGAUCUAGUGGCCUGUCUUUCCCUGCUUAUAACUCUAGGAAAUUUUGCAAUUAAGUGCCUAAAUGGCGAAAAUAACAAGCCUCGAAGACCCACUAACGGACGGUAUCCCCGACGAACUACUCAGUUCUCUGACAGAUUUUCAAAAUGACUUGCCGGCGCUGGAUCUCGACGUAUAUUUGGACCAAGACACAUUACCGUCCUUCCAUCAGCCAGAGUCCGUUGCACCUUGUGAGACAUGGAGUAUACUGAGUGAAAAUAUAUUCCAACUAGAUCAAGAACACAUCGAUGAUUUUACGUUCGAUUCAAACUUUAUAACACUAGUUGAAAAAGAUCAGAAGGGUGGAGAAAGCAACGCUGUGUAUACUAAUUUGGACCAUAACGCUGUGUAUACUAAUGUGGACCAUAUGCAGCCUGCGCAAAGUGGAAAUUGUCUUCUAACACAAGUACCGGACAGCGUCUCAUCGUCGCAUGAUUGCACCAAGAGCGUCGACGACCUGUGGGUGCUACUGACGUCCUCCCCGCUGCGGGAUGCCCUCGAGUAUCCUUCUGCUGCCCCCGCCGAGCCGACCCUUUCCCGGGACUCCCCAAGUACCUCGGGGAAGAAAGGAAAGACUCCCGACGAUGGAAAGUCCCAGCGGCAGCGUCGGCGACCCAAAGUCUCCUACAGGAACAUGACGAAGGAGCAGAAGAACUCCCGCGUCCGCUCACUGAACAACGAGGCGUCCAAGCUGUACCGAGACCGACGGAAGGACAAGACGACGCGGCUGGUUCAGGAGGUUGAAGAACUGGAGAAGACGAACAAGGCCCUGCGGCAGGAAGUGAGGAUGAUCCAGGAGCUGAAAGAGAAGUUGGGAAAGUGCUCCGUGUGUGGAGAGAGAUUGUGAGUGAACAAGGGAAUGGAAUUACUUUUGUAG